CAAUUUAACCAUUAUUAUUAUUUCCUUGCUCAGGAGCCACUUUAUCUAAUAUAGUUGCGAGUUGCAUACAGCAUAUAUACCACUAGAUUUUCUUUAAGCUGUACAAUGCUGUCGGUAGGUUCAAAGUGAUAAUUUACAUAAGCGGUCAUCACUUGAACAUAUGAGAAACUGACUGCCCCUUGUGUCUUUUUUUUUUUUUUUUUUUUUCCAUUUUCCAUUUUAGUUCUAUUCCUUUUUUUGCAAUGGCUAUGAACUCAUCAGACAAUAAUAUUCUUCAGCUCAAUGAAGUAAUAGUAGCCAUGGUUCCGUGGCCUGAACACGGCCAUCUAAACCCACUAUUUCUUCUUUCUCGCUUCAUCGCUUCCCAUAACAUUCCAGUACACUUCCUCAGCCUCACUGCCCGAAACCAAGAUCUGAAAAAACGCCUUCAAGGUGCACAAAGAAAUGCCAGUGAUGACAAUUUACAUUUUUCUAACCUCUCAGCUUCUGAGAGUGAUAAAGAGGUGUUGUUGGAAAAACUAGGGGAAUCUAUUUGUGAAAGAUGCCAUGAACUCUCGAAAAAUACUAAAAGAUUGGUCAUCAUUCAUGAUUGUUUGAUGAUAACUUACAUAGGGGAUUUGUGUUCAAUUCCCAACUUAAAGUGUUAUUUUUUCCACUCUAUUUCAUCUUUCGUUAGGUAUUCGACUCUACGGCAAGUUGUUGAUAUAGUUGAUGAAGAUCAGGACAAAUUGAUUCAGCAAUUAGGCGAUGAGUUUCCAACUGUGGAGAGCACUUUUGGCCCUAAUUUGGAGGAGUAUAUAAAAGAAGAACGCGAAUGGAAGUUAAGUUCUGGAGUUAUCAUGAACUCCUUCAGAGAAUUGGAAGGCAAGUAUCUUGAUUCACUUUCUAUUUAUGUAGAUAAUAAUAAGCCAUUGUGGUGUCUUGGUCCAUUUCACAUGCUACUCGAAUCUUCAAUUGAUAUUCGCGAUACAAGUGCUCAACAUGUAUGCCUGGAAUUUCUCGAUAAGCAAGAUGUUAGGUCGGUACUAUUCGUGUCAUUUGGAACCACCACUACAUUAUCACAGGAGCAAGUGAAUGAGCUCGCGCUUGGUUUAGAACAGAGCAAUCAUAAGUUUAUAUGGGUAAUAAGAGAAGCGGACGAUGAAAGGAUGGACAUGGAGAAUAAUUCCGAGGGCAAAGAUGUGAAGAUUGAAUUGCCAAAAGGGUUCGAAGAAAGAGUAAAAGGGAGAGGAAUGGUGGUGAGAAAUUGGGCACCCCAAUUGGAAAUCUUGGGGCAUCCAUCUACAGGCGGGUUUAUGAGUCAUUGUGGAUGGAACUCUUGUAUGGAAAGCAUUAGUAUGGGAGUUCCCAUAGCAUCUUGGCCAAUUCAUGUUGACCAACCUUAUAACACCGUGUUUGUAACGAACGUGUUAAAGAUUGGAAUCUCCGUGUGGAAUUGGACUCGCAGAGAGGAAGUAGUACCAGCGGCAGCUAUUGAGAAAUCUGUCAAGACUUUGAUGGGUACGCCAGAAGGGGACAAGAUGAGGCAGAGGGCUGUGGAGUUGAGUAAUAAAAUCAAGAACUCUGUUAGCCAUGGAGGACUUGCACGCAAGGAGGUGGAAUAUUUCAUCUCUAGUAUUACCAAUAACUAACUUCCAUUGUGAAUUGCCUAAUGUUGUGUGACAUUUGGCUUUGUUCAAAUUCUCAUAUUCAGUGAUGUUAACGUUGGUGUUUCCUUUGGGAAUAAGAUUCAGGUUUUUGUAUUCAA